AUAAAGAUGGUUAAGAUAUUUAUCGGCAACCUCUCCGCAAGCACUACGGUGGAAGAGCUACGGUCGCUUUUCUCACAGUAUGGCAAGAUAUCAGAGUGCGACAUAGUGAAGAACUUUGGCUUUGUACACAUGAAUGACAUGGAUGAAGCAUUAGAAGCCAUCAGCAAACUCCACCAUCACGAGUUGAACGGUCAGCAGAUUAAUGUGGAGAUGAGCCGCGGCAAACCGAAGGGCUCCACCAAACUGCAUGUCAGUAACAUCAGCAGUACAUGCACCAACCAAGAGCUGCGGGCUAAAUUUGAGGAAUACGGUCCCGUGGUUGAGUGUGACAUUGUUAAAGAUUAUGCCUUUGUGCACAUGGAACGUAUGGAAGAUGCAAUGGAAGCCAUCAAUGGGCUGGACAACUCAACCUUUCAAGGCAAACAGAUUCACGUGCAACUGUCCACCAGUCGUCUUCGCACCGCGCCUGGCAUGGGUGACCAGACGGGCUGCUAUGUCUGUGGAAAACAGGGCCAUUGGUCCAAAGACUGCCAUCGCGGUCAGAAUGGUAACUAUGCCGACGGGCCGGGGGGUUUCCGCAACAGCCGUGGCUUCCCGCGUGGCGCUCCCAGUUUUCCCAGGGGAGGUCCGGGUUUCCCAGUUCGCGGCUACGUGGGCGGACCCCCUCCUCCGCCGCCGCCGCCGCCGAUGACCCGUCGGCCGAGCUAUGGCUUUUCCCGAGAGUAUGACGCGGAGAUCCGGGAUCGGUAUUCCGGCAGGCUCGUGGGCUCCUAUCCCGAGAGGCCUGCUACGUACGAGCGCGACCGCUAUGGCAGCCUAGACCUCUACGAGAAGUACAGGGCUCGGCCGAUCGGCUCAAGUUAUUUCGAGGAAAGACAUCUCUCCAUCCCUCCUCCUCCCCCUCCCUCCUCCUCUUCUCCUUCUCUCUCAAGGAUGAGGCUGGCUCCUACCGCCCUCGACCCGUACGAGCGACGCCCGCUUCCAACCGCGUCCUCCUCGGCCCCGGCAUACUACUCGCGAGACCGUAGUCCAAUCAGACGAGUCGGCGGCGCGUCGGAGGGCUACACGUACGAGCGAUCGCGGCUUUCCCCCGUCUCGAGGAGCACAACGUACGGCGUGUCGCGUGCCAGAGAUUCCUACACCGAUCGGCCGCGUUACGCUUACUAAGCCACAUGCACGCAAAGGUGUUGAAACCGCAGGACUUUGCCGUGUGACCGUUCCCUCGACCCUGUAUGCCGCGCUGCGAUCGAAAGCGG